CGUUAGCAGCACUGUUCGGAAGGAAAACAUGCACAACAAGGAGUUGGAUUACCCUGCUUUUCCGCUUUCCCUGGUGGAUGACAGCGAUGACUAUCCUCAAAUAUGUUACCUGCCUGAGAGGGAGGAUCCUGUCGAGCUAGAUUGGUGUCAGUGCUGUCUCUCUGAUGGAAGCUUUGCGGUGUGCCGGGUCACCUCACGUGCCGGCGGUGAGACUUGUUGCUUUCUGGAUGGAACUGUGGCUUCCACGGAACUAUCCCUUGCCAAUCAGCGUUUGUUGGGCUUAAAACCUCUAAAGUUCGCUGGGAGCGUGGAUCAGCUUUCCUGUUUGGUCACCAUUACGGAGGAGCUGUUUGUGCAACCUCUGCUUUCGCUGGAGGACAUUCAGGACGAUUUACGAGUCUUCCUGCGACAUUUGAAGCUCAUCAAAGGUUGUUCCGUGCAGCACCGACGUCUCAGAAAGCUGGGAAUAGCCAGUGUGGAAAUAGUGGAUGCUUCAGGUGCGGGACAGGAUGAUUGCUUUGAAGUAUCAAAGACCUGUAACCUCCAAGUGGCAGACACACGGCUCAGGGUACCCUAUCCCUUAGAUUCCUCAUCCAAGUACCUAUCACAUGGAUUCGAGGAGCAUCUGGAAUCCUUGAAACAACUGGUGAGCACCUCAGAGAGCUGCUUGCUCAAGUUUCCUGCAACUUGCUUGGUACUGGGACCUGUGGGAAGCGGAAAAAGUAGAAUACUUGGUGAGCUCUUAAAGAGGCAAUUCUGCAAUGGCUUCUAUAUCACAGCCAGCCAGGUCCUGCGUUCAUAUCCUGGAGAAACUGAAGAGGAGCUAAGACGAAUCUUCAAAGCAGCCGAAACUUUUAAGAAGAAACUACGUCCAUUGUCGCCCAUUGUAAUAAUCAUAGAGGAUAUCGAAUUGUUAUGUCCUUCAACCAACUCUUCGGAUGCCAAAAACGCAGGAAACUCCCUACGCAUAUCCGCGCAGCUUAACAAACUAAUCGAUACCCUGCCAAAAGGAGUCUUCUGCAUGGCCACCUCUAGUUCGCCCGACUCCUUGCACGAGAACGCCCGCCGGCGAUUCAUUAGAGAGAUAACCAUCAAUAUGCCAAACGAGGAGCAGCGCAAGUUUCUUGUGAGGGAUCUCGCCCAGGAGCAGAAGCUGUCUUUUUCGGAGGGUCUACUAGAGCACAUAGCUCGGAAUACGCAGGGCUAUGUAAUGGCAGAUUUGAUACUUCUCUUGCGGCGUGGGCUACAGAAAUGUCUGACCGAAGAAGGCUCCGAUGUGGAGCGCAUUUUUCGGGAAUUACUACUUAGCACUCAACCUAGUGCCUCGCGUACUACGGACGUUCGAGUAUCGAAAAUGGCGGACGGUUUUGAGAUUAUUGGAGGAAUGGAAUCACUAAAGCGAACCCUGCAAGUGUCGGUCUUGGCGGGACUGCAACAAAGUGCAUCCUUUGCUCGCUUUGGAUUGUCUCUGCCCAAAGGAGUCCUGCUUUAUGGACCUCCCGGCUGUGCCAAGACCACGGUUGCCAAGUGCCUGGCCAAGGAGGCCAGCAUGACCUUCAUUGCCACAUCGGCCGCAGAGGUAUACUCGCCCUAUGUUGGCUGUGCGGAAAGAUUUAUUACUAGGAUUUUCGACACGGCUCGGAAGAACGCACCUUGCCUGAUUUUUCUGGACGAGAUUGAUUCCCUUGUAGGCAAGAGAACUGUUGCCAGUGGGCGAGGUGGUGGUCAAGUCCAGCUGAGGAUUCUGUCGACGCUUCUCACCGAAAUGGAUGGCAUCGUGGCUGGGGGCAGUCAGCAACAUAUACUCGUCGUAGCUGCCACUAAUCGUCCGGAUAUGAUCGACGAUGCGCUGAUGCGUCCAGGUCGAUUUGAUAAACUUAUCCAUGUGCCAGCUCCUGACACGGAAUCCCGACUGGCAUUGCUACAGCUCCAUGCCCAGCGAAUGCCUUUUCAUGAAAAUGUUGAUCUGGAAGAGAUUUCCCUGCAAACGCAGCGGUAUUCCGGGGCGGAUCUGUGCAAUCUCUGCAACGAGGCGGCUAUCGAGGCCUUCCAGAGGUAUUUCGAGGCCACAGAAAUAGAGAUUCAGGACUUUAAGAAGGUCCUGGCCAAGCAGAAAUCCUCGCUAACACAGACUCAGAUAGAUGGGUAUUAUAAGUUUGCCCAUAGGUUUUUAUAA